CGGUGCCUGGAGGCGGCGCUGGCCCCACCCCAGCAGCACGCCGCCGCGCCGCUGCUCCCGCUCACCGAGGCCCGGGCGCGGCUCCGCCUCGCGGGCCUGCUGCUGCGGGCGCGGUCGAGGGGCCUCGCCGCCGCCAAGGCCCACCUCGAGCGCGCCCUGCUGCUCCUCUCCCAGCUCCCCUCGGCACCGCCGCGGCUCAAGCUGCUCGCCCACUCCCUCCUCGCCACCGCCUACGGCCUCCUCGGCGCCGUCCCGUCCCAGAAGCACGUGCUCCGCCGCGGGCUGGGCCUCCUCGCCUCCGCCUCCGCGUCGGGGCUCCUCCCCCGCGGCCCGGCGCUCCUCUGGACCUGUAACUUCCAGACGCAGCUCGCCUCCGCGCUCGCCGUCGACGGGGACGCCGCCUCCGCCCUAUCCACCCUGUCCGCCGGCGCCUCCGCCGCCGCAGAGCUGGGAAGCCCCCAGCUCGAGCUCUUCUUUGCAGCCACCGGCCUCCACGUCCACCUGCUCUGCUGGGAGGACAACUCCGCCGUUGAGGCCGCCGUCAACCGCGCCUCCCAGCUCUGGGAAGCACUCCCUGCCGAACAGACGGAGCAAUGGACCGGGCUCUUCUUCUACACGGAACUGCUGCAGACCUUCUACCUCUUGAGGACAUGCGACUAUAAGGCUGCCUCGCAGCAUGUGGAGCGGCUGGACACUGCGGCGAAGAAAGAGAUGCAGAAAGGAGAGCGCGUUAAGGAGCUUGCUACUGAGCUUGGCACAGUGGAGAGAACGCUUGCGCAACCAGGGUUGAAGGAGAGGGAGAGGUCAGCUCUAGCGCACAAGCAGAGGCAGCUGAAGUACCAGCUGCAAACAUUGUGUGGCUAUGACAAACUGAAUGAUGUGUUGGAGUAUGGGGAUAAGUUGCUGCUGGCACCGCCACCAAUGCAUGGGGAGUGGCUCCCGCGGGCUGCAGUGUUUGUGCUGGUGGAUCUCAUGGUUGUCAUGGUGAGCCGGCCAAAAGGGAUAUUUAAGGAGUGUGGAAAGAGAAUUCAUUCAGGGCUGCAGCUCAUUCGUGGGGAACUCUCGAAGCUUGGGAUUGUGGAUGGUGUGACAGAGGCAAAUUUGGAACACUCAACAAUAUGGACAGCUGGCUUGUAUUUGAUGCUUUUACUUCAAUUCUUGGAAAAUAAAGUUGCUGUGGAACUCACGAGAUCAGAGUUUGUUGAAGCCCAAGAGGCUUUAGCUCAGAUGAUAAACUGGUUUACUCGCUUCCCAACAAUCCUCCAAGGUUGUGAAAGCACAAUUGAAAUGCUAAGGGGACAAUAUGCACAUUCUGUUGGCUGCUUUGAUGAGGCCGCAUUCCAUUUCCUUGAAGCAGCAAGGCUGACAGAGAGCAGAUCAAUGCAAUCUAUGUGCCAAGUGUAUGCAGCAGUAUCUUACAUUUGCAAGGGUGAUGCAGAAUCAACUUCGCAGGCACUAGAAUUGGUUGGUCCUGCAUAUAGAACCAUGGACUCAUUUGUUGGCGUGAGAGAGAAGACCUGUAUCAUUUUUGCUUAUGGACUUUUACUUAUGAGACAGCAGAAUCCACAAGAAGCAAGGCUUCGCCUUGCCGGUGGUUUGAGAAUAGCACACCAACAGUUGGGUAAUAUCCAAUUGGUUUCUCAGUAUUUAACAAUAUUGGGUACAUUAGCACUUCAAUUACAUGACUGUGUACAAGCCAGAGAGAUCUUGAAGUCGUCACUGACAUUAGCUAAGACACUUUAUGACAUCCCAACACAAAUUUGGAUCUUGUCAGUAUUUACAGAGUUAUAUCGAGAAUUGGAAGAAAGGGAGAAUGAAAUGGAAAACUCCGAGUAUGAAAGGAAGAAAGAAGAUGAUCUGCAAAGAAGGCUUUCAGAAGCCCAUUCUAGUCCGUUUCACCCUGAGUUGGUGGAGAAGACCAGAAUCCAAGUUCAGCAGCUGCACAACUCGUCAGCAGAGCAGCAGGGGAUGCCUGGCACGACAAUGGCGAAUGCUGACCUCGACAUCCCCGAGUCAGUAGGGCUGUCUGCUCGCCAGUCGUCUUCUGUCAAGAGGCUGAUCGAUCCCAGCUCGGUGAGGCGUAGUAACAGGAGGCGGCCGUCCUGACAAGAUCCUGACCUGAUGUUUUGGGUGCCUUGCCCAUCAAAUUGGGAAGGAAUGGAACAGCAGGCUCACACACACAUAUAUAUCAAACGGUUGGGAUAACAGCAAUGGAGGAGCCGUGACAUUGUGAGGUUGUAGGUGCUGAUUUAUUUGAUUAAUUGUUUAUGUGUAGCUAAGCAUUCUAGAUUGCACUGUAAACAGAAGAGGGAGCAAAGAACCGAGCUAGGUGUGGUUGUAUGGGUGUAAUCCCAGAUUUAAGAAAACAAAAAAGGUAGCCGCGGAUUGAAUACUGUUAGCGAUCAUAUUUGUAGUUAAAACAAUCUUAUAUUGUGAAGUAAACAAGGGAGUUCGUUUCAUUUGUAGGGCACUUCAAGGAAUCAAAAGGAUAGUUGCAGUUUGAAUGGU